AAUUAUGUUGCACUUGACGCUGCUCAGGACUCCUCGCACUGGCAGCGGAUUGCCCGCAGUUUCUACACACGCGUCUGUCACCGCCUUCUGUAACAGUGUUUAUAACAGUGUUCCCUCGGGCAGGUCGGCCUCCUGCAGCCUCGAGAUUGUCUGAGAUGGACCAUGGACAUAUGAACAUACACUAACCUUCAACCAGGCCUGAUCGUCAGACUACCAGGCGUCCAUCGCAGGAAAUGGAUCCAAAAUCUGACAACAAGUGGGAGAAGACUACCUGGUUUACCUAACACUCUUCCUCUUUAGAUGGCGUUGAGCCCUGUAUCGUCCCAUGGCGUCUUUCCACUGGAAUGAGAUGGCUAACUGUGAACUCUGAACUCUUCAUUGUCUUGCAAAGACACAAGAAUUGAAGACUUUUUUUUUUUUUUUUUUGGAGAAUUGGACAUCUUUAUGGAGUACACUUUCACUAUGUUGAAGGAGUGUUGAAAGCAGAAGAAGAAGAAGAACAAAAACGCAUAUUCCGUGACUGACUGCUGUUAGUAGCGUGUGUCUGUGGUCAAGGCCGUAGAAAUGGGGAAAGAACAGGAUCUGCUGGUGGCCGUGAAGAAUGGAGACCUUCUCUUGGCACACAAACUCCUCUCCAAAGUCAAGUGCAACAAGACAAAGUUGCUGGGCUCCACCAAGAGACUGAAUAUCAACUACCAAGACUCAGAUGGGUUUUCAGCGCUGCACCACGCGGCUCUGACAGGCACCACGGAGCUGCUGUCUCUGCUGCUGGAGGCCCAGGCCACAGUGGAUAUCAAGGACAUCAACGGUAUGCGUCCUCUCCACUACGCAGCAUGGCAAGGUAAAGCCGACUCUGUCUUAUUGCUCCUGAGAGCCGGCGCUUCAGUCAACUCACCCUCCCAUGACGGACAGAUACCAUUGCACCUCUCUGCUCAGUACGGACACUAUGAUGUGUCUGAGAUGUUGCUGCAGCACCAGUCCAACCCCUGCCUGAUGAAUAAAGCGAAGAAGACGCCUCUAGAUCUGGCCUGCGAGUUUGGCAGACUAAAGGUGGCCCAGUUGCUGCUGAGCAGUAACAUGGUGGCAGCCCUGUUAGAGGGCGAGGGAGGGCGCGACGGCUCAGAGUCAGCCUCCACCACCCCCCUCCACCUGGCCGCCAGGAACGGACACAAAGACAUCAUCAGCUUGCUGCUCAAAGCUGGUAUUGACAUCAACCGAGCCACCAAAGCCGGGACCUCCCUGCACGAGGCUGCCCUCUACGGCAAGACUGAAGUAGUGCGGCUGCUACUUGAUGCGGGCAUCAAUGUGAAUAUACGCAACACAUACAAUCAGACAGCUCUGGACAUCGUCAACCAGUUCACCACCUCCACAGCCAGCAAGGAAAUCAAACAACUGCUGAGAGAAGCUUCAAGUUCUCUCCAGGUCAGAGCGGUGAAAGACUACUGGAACCUCCACGACCCCACCGCCCUCAACCUCCGGGCUGGAGAUCUCGUUAUGGUCCUGGAGCAGCACUCGGACGGCCGGUGGAAAGGUCACAUCCAUGACACCCAGCGGGGGACGGACCGGGUUGGCUUCUUCCCUCCGUCAGUGGUGGAGGUCCUCAGCAGGAGAGCGGGGGGCACGCUUGUCCGCCAAGCCUCGUUACCUUGCCAACGACAACACCUUCUGUCCAGAGCUCCUCCCUCAAGCCUCGGCCCCGCCCCUCAGACUGAUGACUCUUACACCCUUGGCUAUGAACAUGCAGGUGCUCCACCUGGCAGUCAGCUGUCAGCCCCAGCUAGUCCUGCUAGCCCUACUCAGGACAUUUGGGUCCUCAGGAGCUCUCCCACUGGUGAUAGAAACAGUGUUGGAAGUGCCGGCAGUGUGGGCAGCAGUCGUAGUGCCGGCAGCGGCCAGAGCUCGGAGAGUGGCCAAAAACAGAACGGGAUUCAGUCACGCCACAACACUGACACGGGGAAGUUGCUUCCCUCUGCUGGUGAAUCCGCAGACCAUCUCCACACUGCAGGAACAGACAGCAAACAGGCAGACGGGUCCACAGGUGGUCCCCGCCGGCAGGUCAACGGCGCUCCCCAGAAAGGCUUCGUCAGGCCAGAGCAGCUUCUGGAAGGCAAGGACUCUGAGGCCAUUUACCAGUGGUUGUGUGAGUUCCAGCUGGAGCAGUACACAUCCAACUUCAUCAAUGCAGGAUAUGAUGUACCCACCAUCAGCAGGAUGACCCCUGAGGACCUGACAGCCAUCGGAGUGACCAAACCAGGCCACCGUAAGAAGAUCUCAAUAGAGAUUGGCAACCUGAGCAUCCCUGAGUGGCUGCCUGAUUACAUUCCUUCGGACCUGGGGGAGUGGUUGAGUGUGAUUGGACUGCCUCAGUACCAGAAGAGACUGUGUGAGAACGGCUACGACUCGAUCACUAUCGUCAAAGACAUCACCUGGGAGGACCUGCAAGAGAUAGGCAUCACCAAACUGGGUCAUCAGAAAAAACUGAUGCUAGCAGUGAAGAGGCUCAGUGACCUCCAGCGCUCUCGUAACUAUGUCGACAGGACUGGAUGCAGGACUCUGAGACGGAAACCUCCUGCCGCCUUAGAGCUGGUGGCGAUCGAACACACACCAACACACACCAUACACACUCACCCCCACUCCGAUGUUCCCUCUGAGGACUGCUGCCCCUCCCCUCGCACCCCCAAGACGCUCCUCUCCUUCCAGGACAGUGAGUUGAGUGCUGAGCUGCAGACUGCCAUGAUGGGCAGAGCAGGACACGGAGUCGGGGAAGUGUUCACCGUUCAGGGUGCAGCCUCUGCGGCAGCGAUGUCUUCCAUGUCAGUCAGUCAGGAGAGCAUUGGUGUGCGGUCCCGGGGCUCUGGGAAUUCUGGAAAUUCUCAUCCAGGAUAUCCUCAGGAUCAGCAGGCCAUGCUGGCAUCAGCCAGAACACCAAGUCAAUCGCAGGAGAGCUUGGGAAAUGGAGAAGUAGGCGUAGAGGCCAAGCAUGGAGGAGGCAGUCCCGGAGGGAGACAUAGACAGAGACCCACAGAGAUGUGGGAGCACCAGGCUCGAUCCACCACUCCCAGCAAAUUCCCUUUCACCCCCCUCACCCCUCCUCUUACCCCGAGCAAGAUGCCCCGCUUCGCCUACCCGGCCGUCCCACCCAAGUCUAAGCCCUGCCAGUCCCCUAGUCGACUUUAUCAGCCCCACCACCCCUUCUCCUCCCCUUCCUCUCCAUCCCCACAGGCUUCCCCCACACAUAAGGCCUUCAGUUACAUCCACACCCAGGGAGGAGGCGGGGAAUGUGGUCCGCGGGUGCUGUCCAAGCCCCUGGCUGGUGCCGUUCCUCUCCCAGGCCCCCGACCCGGACACGGCCUCGCCGAUGAUGCCCAGAGGUUUGCACACAAGAAGCGCGCCCAGAGUCUGACACGUUACGCUCUCUCCGAUGGAGAGCCAGACGAAGAUGAUGACCCUGCCACCCCUAGCACCUCUGCUUCCUCUGUAGUCAUGCCCUCCUACGCAACCCUGGCACGUCGGCCAGGACGUGGACAUGCCAGCGCCAACGGGUCCCAGCGCCAUAUCAACCGUAGCCACUCAUUUGCUGUGCGUUCCCGACGCAAAGGCCCACCGCCACCACCACCUAAGAGAAUGAGUUCAGUGGCUAGCCAACCAGGAGGUGAGAAAGUGCUUGAGCCAGUGGUCAAGGCAGGGGUGGAGACAGAGAGUGUAGGCAGCGUGAGGAGCAUUGCAGCAAGGCUAGAGGGAGGUGCCAGUAGUCCGUCCAAGAGGAUAGACGUACCACCAACCUUUAUACCAAGUUCACCUAUUCACACCACUGCUUCUGCCCUCAGUCCACAUUCACACAUCAUCCCAGUAUCUUCUAAACCUGUCCCGGCUCUAGGACUGGGAGGCCUGAAGAGGGUGGGAAAUGAGCGAACAGAUGGAGGGAUUGACAAAGUCCAAAGAGGUGGAGGCAUCGAGGGCACAGAUGAGGAGAGAGGGAGAGGAAGGAAAACUAGUCAGGUAUCACAAAGCACUACUGCAUCUCCAAAGAACCGCUCUGGUAACAAUCUGCCUUUUGCUGAAGAAGGCAACCUCACCAUCAAGCAGCGGCCCAGAAUAGCAGCUGUCAGCCGGGCAGAUGCUGAAAUCAAGGCCCAGGCCUCUCCAGAAGCCAUACCCCAGACCCCGAAUACACUGGACCUUCCAGAGUUCAAUCUGAAAGAGUCCGACACAGUCAAAAGACGGCACAAACCCAAAGACAAAGACGCGCAAACACCUGAGGAGGUCACUACCCCGACCAGUGGAGACGACGCAUACUUCCACGCAGCGGGACGGACCAACGGUUUCCAUACGCAUACUGACAUCGAUGUGGUUAACGAUGAGGAGUCUCAGAGGCCAGGCAAUGGUUUCCAGAGAGCAGGCUCCAUGGGAAAAGGCCCUAAACCUCCUGUGUCUUCCAAACCUUCCAGUCCUCUCAAAUCGCCCAUCACCAGCAAGCCAGCAAGCCCCCAUAAAACCAUGUCUCCAGUGUUGAAACAGCCUAAUGCCCAGGCACACACAGCCAUUCCUAAACUAACCAGUGUGCAGAUUCACACGGUCUCACCAAAACUGGGCAGCAGCAUGCCGACUCAAAUGUGUAGUCCCAAACCAGUGAAGCACCCACAGACGGCAAUGUCCAGCCAGCCAGCCAGUCCACAGAAAGCUGCAUCAAGACUCCCCCAGCUCCACACAGCCUCAACAUCCACAGCAGCUCGUUCCCCAGGACUGAAUUUUAACGUGGUCCAAAGUGUUGCUUUUGCCGCUCCGUCCUCCUCCCCGGUGCCAGCCUCUCCCUACCCCACCUCAGCACUACCCGUCCAGGCGGGGAAAGCGGGGAAGUCGCAGCCUGGUGCGGCCACGCCGGAGGUGCUUGUUCAGAAGAGGCUGGAGGAAACCAGCACAUCGCUGGAGGCAGCCCUGAAGGUGGUGGAGAACAAACUGGCACAGGACAACAGUAUUGAUGGUGGCAGGAGCACAGUGAAGGCAGCAGGAAAUAUACUGGAUGACAUCGGCAACAUGUUUGAUGACCUGGCUGACCAGCUGGACGCCAUGUUGGAAUAAGUUCCCGAGUUCAGGCCGCACACGGACACAAAAUGUGUUUCUAAAGGGAGCAGAAAGGAAAAAAAAAAAAAAAAAAAAGAUGUUUUGAAAGCCAGCAGAGAUAAAACAGGAACUUUGAUGUUGGUGAACACAGACAGAUGCUGGUGUUUCCAAGCUCAGGGAGGACUAGGGAGCCUCUCACCACCAGCUUCAAGACACUGGAGGGGAAAAAAAAAAAAAAAAAAACGAGGAGCACGGCUGAGGAUUUCCUGCACAUCGCGAGAUAUUGCCCGAUAUUUCAACACGAGCACUUCGCCUUAGGACACACACCUGGGAAUGUUAUUGGAGCGACAACAAACAGGAGGACAGAUGAGCUGUGCCUGUGCAAGAUUAGCUUCCAGAUGUCUGUGUGUGCACGCGUGUGUGUGUGUGUGUGUGUGUAUGUGUAUGAAUGUGUAUGUGAAGUCUAUUACCACUAAAAGGGAAUAAGGGUCCAUUUUAUUUUCUAUGUUAAAUGUAAAUGUAUAGACAAGACAUAAGUGUAUGGUGGCACUGUGUAUGUGUUCAGGUGCAGUCAAAGAUCUAUUGUAAAUUAAGUUACGGCUAUAUUUAUACUACUUCUAUAAUAUGUCUGUUUUUUAACAAAUGUUCAUAUUGACAGAUCAUUAUCUUGUAUAUUAUUAUUGCUCUGCUAUAUAUAUUUUGCUGCUUAUUGUCUAUAACAUGGGGGGAAAUAGUCUAAAAUAUGUAGUUUACUGUAUUACAAGCGGCAUAUUCCACAUGUAAGUGUUUUUAAACAUUUUUACCAAAGUUCAGCUUAAAAGGAGGCACAUUCAUUUUUCGGUUAACACAAAACAGGGGAGAAAUACAUUCUUUAAAGCACUACUGUCAAAAGCACAUGUUUUUUCAGGUCUAGUAAGGUUGUUAUUUAGAGAGCACGGAGCUUGGUCCACCUCCCUCUAACAGUGUGGAAGGUUUUACUGCUCGCCUCAGGGUGCUAUGAAGUGAACUUACUGUAAGCGUGCAAUUAGGUGACCUUCCCCUUCCCUGAGAAUGGGGAAUGUUAUUAAAUGUUUCAGCGGUGGCCUGUUUCAAAGCGUUUCACAAAUUGUGCAAGAAUAUGCCCAUUAUCCCAUGUGACUGAGCACAUGAAGCUGAAUUGAAAAGACUCUUACUCUCUAUAGAAAUGUUUUCAACAGUUUCCACAGUCCAAAGCAAGAGACUUUGACCGACUGAUCUGUUACAAAGACUUUUAAAAGAUUGAUUUUGUAACAUUAUUCAUCGACUCGUAUUUGUUUCCUGUCUUCAUUUCUGUGUGAAUCUUAUGUUUCAUACAUGCCCAUUUGCUUCAUUUUUUUUUCCUCCCGCAGGUUUUACUAAUCCUCUUCCAUAAAGAUCGGUAAAAAAGGCCACAUUGCAGCACAAUAACCAUCUUGAAUCUGAUAUCCCAUAUUUAUCUUUAUAACUUAUGAAAUAUGAGGCAUUUCUGGCGUCAAAACUUGACAUUUUAGCACUACUGAUUCCUCUGUUGUGUUUUGAUGCAUGCCGAUUACUGUCAUUAAUCACAUUUCCAUUCAGUUCUGCAUUGUCCUUGAAAUUAUUAAAGGGAAAAUUUAUACC